AUGCCACACUCGGGAGCAACCAAUGAUGUCGUGUCAUCUCUACCUGAGGAAGAACGUUCCAACAUCCCCAGCAUCUACCAUGCCAUGUGGCUGGCGAUCGUGACUAUGACCACAGUAGGCUACGGCGACUACUUCCCGACCUCUUUGGCGCCGAACUUAGAUGGAGAGAUGGUUGCAGGCCAUGAACUGCAGCCUCUUAUGGGAUUAGUGCACGUUCCUGUCAGCCAUUUGGUUUGCGGGUUUCUGUCUCAGACCGGCUACAUCGUUGCCUCGCUCCUCACCUUUUCCAGUGUGCUCUUCCUGGCGCUCCCUGUCUUGUUGAAGAAUCGCAUUCGCCGAUGCAUGGUCAAGUGGGGCUACAGUGCCAAGGAUUUGCGCAUGCUCAUUGAGUACGUGGAUGUGGACGGCGAUGGCGUCCUAGCCCUCACGGUGGAGUUCUUGGAGCUGAUGCGGCAGAUGAGAAUUGGGAUCACUGCUCAAAGCUCCUUGGGCGGCGAAGCUUUGCGGGCUGCAUCCCCGGAAUCCAGUGCCAUCGAUCUAUUCAUGGCCUUCGAUGAUGAUGCGAACGGUUACAUUGAUUAUGACGAGUUUCUCCGGCAGAUCUUCCCUGAAGAAUAUGUGAAGGAUGCACAUUCUUGCCGAUUCUUGCCGGAGACGGUGGAUGAGCAGAUCUUGAAUGCUUAUGGGCCACAGGCCUCACCCGAGAGCCUCAGCCCGCCGGUGACCUCGGACGACUUCUCCCCCCACAGUAGGUCGCAGACAGGCGCGGUCGCAGACAGGUUUUCCACCAAGGAGUAUGAGGAGUUUCAGCUGCUGUUCACCAUGAACGAUCGAGACGGCUCAGGUGACGUGGAUGUGGGUGAGUUGAAGGUGAUGAUCCACUGGUUGGGCUUCUCCGCUAGCCACCUGGCACCUGAGCUGGCUCGAAAGGUGGACCGCGACGGUAGCGGCUCACUGAACUUCGUGGAGUUCUUAGCUUGCAUGCGCUUGCUACGCACCAUUGAGCUUGAAACCGUGCAGAAGCUCAUGCAGGCGGCCGGCGCCCGGGAUGGAGGCGACAGGCUGGAGGUCUCUCACUUGCCCAGCCUUUUGAACUCCAUGGGUUAUGAAACCUGGGACUUGCAGGUCAUUGAGGAGACUUUGGAAGAUGCCACUCUGGCGCCCUGCACGGAGCUUGAGCUGGGAGAUGUGUGGAGGUUUCUCAUGGAGUAUCGCCGCAGGGAGGGCUUCGGCCGCCAGGAACUUCAAGAGAUCACGGAGACCUUCCGGCGCCACGACGAGGACGAGUCGGGCGAGCUGGACAACUUGGAAUCCCCGCUGGCGCUGCGAAUGCUGGGCUUCUCCGUGGGGUACACCGAGGUGCAAAGUUGGUUGCUCAAGGUGGAUGUGGACGAGUCAGGUGCCUUGAACCUCGCGGAGCUUCGGAAGCUGGUGCGGAUGCUUCAAGCCCAAGACAUGGAGCACUUCCGAGAUGUCUUUGACGCCUACGUGCGGCAGGGCUUUAGCAAAGGAGGGCCUCCAGGGACCCUCACGCGAGAGAACUGCGUGCGGCUUCUGGAGUUGCUCAACUUCACAGUGCCUUUGGAGACCUUUGACACGGUCCACGUCACGGAGCAUCAGUUCCUGACGGUGUGCUACAAGUUGAUCAAAGCACAGCGAAUGGAGUGCCGUAAGAACGGUGGCUGGAGUGCGCAGCAGCUCAAGGUGCUCAGGGCAGAGUACGAGACCUAUGCUUCCAGUCGGGAUGGCUGUGUGGCCAAUAAGGACCUCAUCCGGCUCCUGGAGGACGUGCUCCCUGACAUGUCGCGGGAUCCCCUCUUCAGGCCGGAAUUGCGCUCCAUCCUGCGGCAGGUCAAGGUUGACAGCACGGGACGUUUAGGUUUCAAGGAGUAUUUGACCUUCCUGCAGCUUUGUCGCUCCGCCAAGGAGAUCAGUGUGGCAAGACGGCAGCAGGCAGCCGUGGAGGAGACUGGCUUCAGCGGGCCGGAGGUGCAAGAGCUACGAGAGCUUUUCCUUGAAGCUGCUGCCCCCAGUGGUAUCACCUUUGACGGACUAUGGAAGCUGAUCAACAGCACCACACCGUUGGGGCAUGCGCUCACCACGGAACUCCAGGAGCUUUUCAACGAGCAGUUAAUGAGAAGGACUGAUGUGCAUGAGCCCCCGGAGCAGGCCUUGGACUUCGCCGAUUUCUUAAGGUUCAUGAGGCAGAUGAUGGAGAUCAACUUUGCGAAUUUGGUCAAUGAUCCGCAGAACUAG